GGUUCGAAACAGAGCAGAGAAUGUAGAAGGUGUUGUUGUUAAUCGAUGGCUACCCAAGGAGGUUGCAGGAACACAUUGCAAUUCAUCAAAGUGCCGCUCCAGCGAAGCUUUGCUUGAAUCGAAUUGUUUAUCGCGGGCUAAUAGGGGUCGGUGUGUGCAUAACCUUUUCUGCGUACAUGAACCACCACAAGUGUUGGGCACUGGAUGGAUGACAAGGGAGGGAGGGGGGAAGAGAGUAUAUAGAAGUCAAGGGGGAGAAGGGAGGGAAGAUAGUAUAGAGAUGUUAAGGACGAGGAUGGAGGAGAAGAGGGAAGGUAGGGAGGAUAUGGAAGGAUGAAGAGUGAUAUCGCGGCGCUGAGAAGAGGGAACGAGGAGAACAGAGUGAAGGGAGAAGAAAAGGGAGGGAGGCAAUGGAAGGAUAAUGGUUUGAAUCCGUGCUUGCGGAGCUGCAAUGGGCGGGGCGCAGGUAGACGAGAUGAAAGGGAGGGACGCACUGCGCUACAAGGGAGGAAAGGUAGACGAGAGGAAGAGAUACCAAGAAGGAAAGAGGGGGAGGAAGGUGUGCAGAGAGGAGAGAGAAAGCAGGAGAAGUGACUGGGGAUGGGGGUGCAGUGUUCUAUUAUUGGGCAAUAAGGUAGACGAGAGGAGAGGGUGGGAGGAGGCGAGCCACAAGGCGGGAAGGGUAGCAGCUUUGGAUGCCUCACAUCUGAGCCCUAAGUCCCCCUUCGUGCAAGCACGGAUUCGAACGGGCGACCUCGGCCUCGAGAGCCAAUCAUCUCGUGGGAAGGGUAGACGUCAUGAGAGGAAGGGACACGAGAAGGAGAGAGGGAAGUAAGGGGGGAGGGUAGAAACAGAACAAAGCCAGCGAAGGAAG